GGGGAGCUGUUGGUGGGCGGGGAAGGCGCUGUCAAUCACCAGGCUGAGUAUAUAAGGCGGCUCUGCACGCAGUUCCUCACUCUGCAGCAGGACUUCUGAGAGGAGCAGAAACUACAGGCAGCAAUCAUGAAGGUUGGCAUCAACGGAUUUGGUCGCAUUGGGCGUUUGGUCUGCCGCGCUGCAGUUGCAUCUGGAAAAGUGGAUAUUGUUGCAAUCAAUGAUCCAUUCAUUGAUCUGCCCUACAUGGUCUACAUGUUCAAAUAUGAUUCCACUCAUGGACGCUUCAAGGGAGAAGUUAAAGCUGAAAACGGAAAACUAGUGAUCGAUGGCCACGCCAUCACAGUAUUCCAGGAACGUGACCCAGCUAACAUCAAAUGGGGUGAUGCUGGCGCUACCUAUGUCGUUGAGUCCACUGGUGUCUUCACCACCAUCGAUAAGGCCUCAGCUCACUUGAAAGGAGGUGCCAAGCGUGUCAUCAUCUCCGCCCCAUCAGCCGAUGCUCCCAUGUUUGUGGUUGGGGUCAACCAUGAAACCUAUGACAACUCCUUGAAGGUUAUCAGCAAUGCCUCCUGCACCACAAACUGCCUUGCUCCUCUUGCAAAGGUCAUCCAUGACAACUUUGGUAUUGUGGAGGCCUUGAUGACCACAGUCCAUGCUUACACUGCUACCCAGAAGACUGUGGAUGGACCAUCUGGAAAGAUGUGGCGUGAUGGCAGAGGUGCAGGCCAGAACAUCAUCCCAGCAUCAACUGGUGCAGCUAAGGCUGUAGGCAAAGUCAUCCCAGCCCUGAACGGAAAGUGCACUGGUAUGGCCCUCAGAGUCCCUACUCCCAAUGUGUCAGUUGUUGACCUGACUGCUCGCUUGGAGAAACCAGCCAAAUAUGAAGACAUUAAGGCUGCAGUAAAGAAGGCGGCUGAAGGCCCAAUGAAGGGCAUCCUGGGAUACACAGAGGAUGAGGUUGUCUCAUCUGACUUCAAUGGUUGUACCUGCUCCUCCAUCUUUGAUGCUGGCGCUGGAAUUUCACUGAACGACCACUUUGUUAAACUGAUCUCUUGGUAUGACAACGAAUUUGGAUACAGCCAACGUGUUGUGGACCUCAUAGCCUACAUUGCCACCAAAGAGUAAAGUGUCAUCAUGGAAGUCAAACCCUCUCCUGUCACUGCAGGGCCCGAUGUUUCACCCAGUGAUGUCUCCACUGUCACUGAAGGGGCCCAGAGUCACCCCCUGCUAGUCUGUCUGUCAGUUUCUGUGUUAAAUAAAUUGUGAAACACUGAA